CGCAGCCGUGGUGAGCAUAACAAUGUGACUUAGUUUCCGUAGCAGGAGAAUCAAAUCCCGAAUGUGUUUGCAUCCAAGGCGUGUCCACGACCACUGGAUCCAAAUGCCCGCUCCCAAAAAUAUAAACUUAUCUAUCAACUUAUUAAUAUUGCACCGAUGGUUGAGUGAACCGUAGUACAAGUUCAUACAUUUUAACUAAUAUGUACAUUUACGAAGAUUCACAUUUUAUAUGAACGUAAGAGCGUGAUUAUUGGGAGGUUUUUAGGGUGUGGUUCUUAGCCGAAUAUAAUAAUCUGUUUCUGAACUUUUAAUUAAAAAAGCUAAGAACUAUCUCUUAAAACUUUUAUUUAAAAGCCGAUUCUUAGUUUUUAGUUAAAAAUUAAGAGACAUGUUCUUAUAUUCUGUUAAGAGCCUCAUCUUAAGAACCCUCCAAUAAUGAUGCUAUUAGAGAUGCCACUUUCACUUUAUCUUUUCCCUAUAGAGACUUCAAAACAUUAAGUAGAAGUUGUUGUUAAUAGAAAUUAUUACUGCAAUUGUGCUGCGGCCACGUGGUAUUAAGUGUGAACAUAUAGCAACUUGAUGACAAUUUUAUUACUUUCUUCCCUUUUUUUAAAGAUCGACUAGAGCAUGUCCCAUUCUCUAUUUAUUCCCCCGUAGGAAGAUAUCUUCUCUAUAUAUGCAGACAAACACACAUAAAUUCAUAUACACUCAUACAUCUAUUUCUUAUAGUCUUAAGAAGAUCAUGAGCUCCGAGGGGCUAAAGCCGUUUAAGAAGAAAGAAGGGACUGUGAUCCCCAAGAAGAGAGAGUUGGUGAAGACAAAAAUCCUCAAAGCCAUUCUCUCUUUCUUCCGUCGCUCUGACAGCAAAAAAAGUUCUGAGGCUACGGGUGACGGUGCCAGAAAGCGCGUGUAUCCCACUCGCCAAUGACCGCUCGUUUACCGUGGAGUUGAAGAUAGUUACUAUCAUGAUCUUUUAUGGGUUCAUCUCCUCUGUUUCAUUUGUUAUAGUAUAUUUAAGUAGAAGGAAGCUUAAUUAGCCUUGUUGAAGACUAUCUGUUUCUUUAUAUUCGAGGUUUGGUUUCUCCGUCUCGAUAAAGGGAAAUAUUUCAUGAAUGAUGAAUUAAUAUGUUUAGUCCUCUUCUUGUGUAAAACCCAUUCAUAUAUGAUGAGCAUGAGGCGUUGUGAUUCGUUA